AUGAGAAGAGAAAGGAAUGUGGACUAUCCCCCUUUACUGGGGGAUAAUGCAGAUGAUCACCAGUCCCCAACAAAUGAGAUCCCACAUAUAACCAGCCCACGAUGGAUGUGCACCUAUGUCAUAGAACUGGCUCUCUCAAUGUACUUCUUUGCCAGUGUUCUUGCAUUACCGAUAAGUCAGUUUUAUGUAUAUAACCAGGUAGCCAAGUCAUACGGCAUCCCAAAUUACAUUAAAAAUGAUGACACCAGUAUCUGUGAUAGCAAGAACAACUCGGAGGCAACAAAAGUGAUCAGUAAUAUUCAGAAGGAAUCUUCACAACAACUUAUGUACAUGUCUUUUCUCAGUAGUUUUACGGCCAUUAUUCCAACAUUCUUCCUUGGUUACAUAUCCGAUAGGUGUGGGAGAAAAGUUUCCUUUUUGAUAACAUUGAUAGGACUUUUACUACACCAGAUUGUGUACAUCGUUGUAUUCUACCUGGAAGCACCCUUGCCAUAUCUUUACAUUGGGAAUACACUGGAGGGGAUCACUGGCUACAUGUCUUGUGCUGUAAUGACAGCAUUUAUUAUGCUCGCAGAUGUCACAUCCCCGGGACAGGAACGUGGAUUCAGAAUAGCUUUAAUGGAAGGGAUCAUGGCUUCCAGUGCAGCCUUGGCAUUAUUGGGAGGGGGUUUCUGGAUCAAAUACUCUGGUUUUCUAAUCCCUAUGUUGUGUUCUACUGGCCUUACUGUACUCACAAUAAUUGUGUGGGUAUUUGCGGUACCCGAGACAAGACCAUUCCGAGAGGAUCACAGUCACAGUGGAAUCAGUCUCAACACUAUCAAACGAUGCUUUGUAUUUUACUAUGAAAAGACGUCUCAGAACAGAAGAGGUAAAAUGCUAGUUUUACUUCUUAUCCUGGUCAUUGCUGCCACAUGCUUUUUGUCAAAAACUAAUGUGGUGACACUGUUCCUGUUAGGGCAACCAUUUUGCUGGUCUGAGGUCCACAUCAGCGUAGUGUUCUCACUUCAGAUUCUCAUAAACUGGGUUGUUGGGAUCAUAUUUCUGCGUCUGGUUUUACGUGUAAUGCGAGAUGUGAAUCUACUUUCCUUCGGCUGUUUCAUCGGAAUGGUGUCCUUCAUUCCCUUGGCCCUUGCAAAAUCUGAUUGGAUGAUCUAUCUGUAUACAGUGAUUGUGACCUUUUCUAUCCUCGUUGUCCCGAUUUCAAGGUCUAUUCUGUCAAAGCUGGUAUCACCAGAAGAACAAGGAGCCCUAUUUGCCGGAGUGGCAGCCAUGGAACACCUAAUGACAGCGUGUGGAGGACUGUUGUUCGGAGAGAUAUACAAAGAUACAGUGACCAUCUUCCCUGGACUGGUUUUCUUGGUGAUCGCUGGACUAGUAAUGAUUGCACUGAUUCUGUCAUGGUUGCUGUGUCUUUUGAUGAGAGAGUGGCACGGUAGGGAAAUGGACGUCACCAUUAAAAAUGAAAGUUAA